AUGUCAUCCUCCGCUUACAACAACGGGCCCUCUACUGAGGCUGGCCACCACUGGAAUGGAGACGAGAAGGCCAUCCGUCACUCUGAGGGGACCACGGCCACCGACCACCGGACGAGCCCAGAGAUUGACGAGGUUGGCCUUCAGGUCAACACUGAGUUCAAGCCACUCCCGUUCCCCUUCAACAAGAUCAUGGACAGUGGAUUCGGGAGGUCCCCCUGGAAGAACCACGCCAUUGCCUUCACUGGUGAAUGCGUGGGCACUGCGUCCUUCUUGUUCUUCGCGUUCGCGGGGACUGAAGUCGCCCAAUGGGGCUCAGCGACGGAACAGACGGACACGUUUGACCCAGCCACCAUCCUGUACAUCUCGCUGUGCUUCGGCCUGUCCCUGAUGGUCAACGUCUUCAUCUUCUUCCGUGUGUCGGGAGGUCUCUUCAAUCCUGCAGUCACGCUCGCCAUGCUCCUCACCAGCUCGAUCCCGCCGAUGCGGUGCCUGGUCCUCUUCAUCGCGCAGAUGCUGGCGUGCAUGUUCGCGUCGGUCAUCGUCUCGGUCCUGAUCCCGACCAAGUUCGGCGUCGUGACGGCGCCGUCCAACGGGGCGACGACGGCGCAGGCCGUCUGCCUCGAGCUCAUCCUGACGGCAUACCUGUGCAUGUCCAUCUUCAUGCUGGCGGGCGAGAACCACAAGGGCCGCUUCAUGGCCCCCGUCUGCAUCGGCAUGUGCCUCUUCUCCGCCCACCUCGUCGGCGUGCAGUGGACCGGCGCCAGCCUCAACCCCUGCCGCAGCUUCGGCCCGGCCGUCGUCAGCGGCACCUGGACCCAGCACUGGAUCUACUGGGUCGGACCUGGCGUUGGCGCCAUCAUCGCGGCUGGCCUUUACAAGACUUUGAAGCACAUGCGCUACGAGGAGGCCAACCCCGGCCAGGACCAGUGGGAUGACCCGGCUCUGCGCCAGCACCAUGCCAACGGCCGGAAGUGA